AUGGCUAGCUUAGCCAACCGAUUUUCCAGGGAGUCUCACACGACCAGUGCAACCGAUCAGAAGGUCGAAUCCAAACUGAAUGUCAGGGAUCUGGAGGCCAUUCAGGAAGGAUUCUCAUGUCCCGGCAAAGGCUAUGACAAUAAACUUGCGCUCAACAAAGAGCAAUUUACCGAGGCACUGAGCCUAAUCUUGAAUCGUGGUACAAGACAAGAGUUUAAUGAUUUAUUCGAUAAAAUUGAUAUAACCGGAGACGGCCUGGUUGAUUGGGACAAAUUUGCCUCACACCUGAUGUUGGAGUUUUAUGAAAGAGACGAUCGCAUGAAGAAACUAAGCGUACCCCAAUGGAAGGAUCUGAAAACUCUAAACAGUCCACACAAAGAUGCCAUUCAGAAAAUUGUUUUCAUGAAGAAUAUGUCACGAUAUCUAACAGUGAGUAAGGAAGGUCUAGUGACAAUGUGGGGUUUGGAUAUGAAGCCACAACGAUCAGCGAAAGCAACAACUGAUGCAUGCCGUCCGCGUGAUCUGUGGGUUACCGAUUUUGCUGUGAUGCCAAACAUAAAUAAAAUUGCUGUGGCUUUUACCAGCAAAGAAAUUGCGUUCUGCAACAUCAGUAUCAAACUGGAGCUAACUUGUCAGACAAAGCUUUGCGAUAUUAUCGAUACCCCAAUUUGUUUGGAUCACUGGUACAAUCCAGAGAACCCAAACGAGUGUAUUCUCGCUUGGGGUGAUGUCGGUGGACACCUGAAUGCGUUGUUUUGGUCACAGGCUGCAAUUAACCUGUUUGAGAAACCUUCAGCAUUGGUCAAUGAAAAAGAAGAAUCCACAUUCAACGUAUCGCUCAGUGAUAUCAUACAGAAAGUCGCCAAAACAGCAACAUAUUUACGCGUAAAAGUACACUCCGACUGGGUGCGUCAAGUGAAGUACAUACCCCAAUUGGAAGCCUUUAUGACCUGUGCUACGGUGUGGAACAGCUCCCUCGUCAUUUCGUGGUUGGAGAAACUACCGCCUGUUUCAGCGGCAGGCAGAGCACCAGAUCAACUUCCGGAAGCUCGUAUCAUUUCGCGAAGUUCUGUCUUCACAGUGCAUCAGGGUAUCAACGCGUUCGACUACCACGAGGGACAGAACCAGAUCGCUACUGCCGGUGUGAACUACCAUGUCUGUCUGUGGAACCCAUACGUGGUGUCAAAACCAAAUGGACUCCUUCGUGGUCACAUGGCGUCCGUCGUGGCUGUACAAUUUCAACGUUCCAAAGGACGUUUAAUCAGUCUGUCACGUGACCGUGUGCUACGUAUCUGGGACGUACAGUUACAAGUGUGCCUACAACGCAUGACAGGAGUAUUUCCCAAAGGACUAGAGGUCGUAACACGGAUGUUGUUCCACGAAGACAAGCUUCGCCUUUUUCUCGCGUUCAACUCCUCGCUGACAAUGUUGGAGAUGAAGGUCAAAGUACGGGAUCGAGUUUAUAGCCAUGAGAAACCUCUGGUUGGUGUCAUCUUUAACUCCGCAUUUAAUCAGGUGAUUUCUGCUUGUCAAGGUGGAACAAUCUCCAUUUGGCUGGUGGAUACGGGGCAACGAGUCAAAAAUAUCUCUCGGAGUCACAAUGACGCCGAAUUAACAUGUUUGGUACAAGAUCCGAACGGUUCCAAAUUCUAUACAGGCAGCACCGAUGGGACAAUAAAGAUUUGGGACAUGAACGGGCACUGUCACCACACUUUGAUCUGUUUCGGAGGAGCCCACGCUGAGGUUGGACAAGUGGUUAUUUUGAAACGCGCCGUCAUUGUGAUGGGUAAUUCGAACCACUUCACUGUUUUCCGUACAACCAAUUUCCGGGAUCACUACGUCUAUCCCUCAGAAUGGAAAGGUGGACCAGAACAUUGCGAUGAUGUACUCACCGGCGUGGCUUUGCCACCAAAUGGACUCAUUACCGGAUCUUAUGACGGCGAACUAGUUGUAUGGAACACGAACUCGGAGUGUGCAGCCCGGCGAAUGACGCAGCGGUGCAAACGUAUGAAUGAAGACUUCGGAGAUUUCUUGUUCAACGUUUCGCGCUUGAUCCUGUUGACUGAACGCAAGCACAUUGGCUCGGGAAGCAAGAGGGGUGCCAACCUGGUGUCUUGUGGAGGCAACGGCAUAGUGCGGUUCUGGAACGCCUAUUCUUGCAUUCUCAUAGGAGAAUUCCUUGCUCACGCUAAAUCGAGUAACAUAAUCAUGGCCGUGGAUCCCACCAAUGAGUACUUGGCCACCGGAGAUGUCGAAGAACUGCUGAGUCAGUGGCAAGCUCAUGUUGAUCUGAUCAGUGGUUUGGCUUUUUGUCCGCGGUUCGAACGCCGUAUGUUUGUGGUUACCUGUUCGACUGACUGUGGUGUGAGCCUGUGGACUCUGGAAGGACACAAGAUUGGCACAUUCGGACAGGAAGUCCGCUGGAAACUUGAGGCAAUUCACCGAGACAUUGGUGCACUCUCCAUUGCCAGUUCGGAUGCCAGUCCCGUCCAAGCGGAAACAAUGUUAGAAAGUGCUGGACCCGACCUCAAGGAUCAGAGAGAUUCCAGUGAAUCCAUUACUACACCUCCGUUGGAAUUCCGAGUCGACAACAUCCAGCCAUUCCCCGAGAAGGCAUCACUCAAUGAGAUUUGUGAUAUCCUUUCAACUUACCGAAUCAAUGCUUGGAAGCACACACUUCUCGGUAAAGAAUAUCAAGAAGGACGAAUGCGUAAGCGCCAGCGCAAGCAGCCUCAUACAAUAUCUGAACUGCCUGAUAUGUCGGGAGAACGUUAUGGGCGACCAAAUUACGGACCUUACUACUAUUUACAACUCAGUUCAUUCGAUCCGAUUGAGGAUUUGGAACAACCGGAUUUCAUGGAGCAUCCGGAAGAUUAUUUCAUGGACACAGAAGAACUGAACUCAUUGAGCAACAGUGCUGACAUCCCGGUUUUACGUGAAGAGGACUAUGGAGGCACUCGGGAUCAGCAUAAUGUCUACAACGAGCCAGAGGUAAAGAAGAAAAUUGACGAAACCACUCUGUUUCCCGGCUAUCUGCUUCAGUUCGAAAGACAAAUGCUGCGUACCAAUAGAUUUAUAAAUCCAAACAACCAGAUGCAGACCGACUCAGCGUGUAACAAAUCACCGGACGAUGCACAAUCAGAUAUGACAACUCAGGCAAGCUCCAUCCUGAGCGAGCAGUUGCCACCGUUGAAAACGAAAGAAACUCGCCGGACGAGUACGCAAACGUUUCGAAACAAAAAAGAAAAGGAUAAAGUCAUGAAACGCGGUCGAACAAAGUCGUCAUUCUCUCGCCCGUAAUCCCGCGCUGCAAAAAAAAUCAUUUUCGUCCCAUUUUCUCGGUACAUUCAACUAGAUAACCUGUCACAAAUGUAGCUCAGGUAAAGUGUAAUCCAAAUGGACGAACACUAUGCUUUCUGGGGUUUUCC